GUCUCGCUCCUCACCUCUCCUGAGUCCUCUCUACCGACACCAUGGGCUGCUGUGGUUGUGGAAGUUGCGGCGGCUGCGGCGGGGGCUGCGGCAGCAGCUGCGGUGGGGGCUGUGGCGGCGGCUGCGGCGGGGGCUGCGGCGGCUGCAACAGCUGCAGGUGCUACCGGGUGGGCUGCUGCACCAGCUGCUGCCCCUGCUGCUACGGCUGCUGCGGGGGCUGCUGCAGCGUCCCCGUGGUCUGCUGCCACCGCCGCACCUGCAGCUGCAACUCGUGUGGCUGCGGGGGCGGGAAGGGCUGUUGCCAGCAGAAGGGCUGCUGCCAGCAGAAGUGCUGCUGCCACAAGCAGUGCUGCCACUAGGCUGCCAGUCUGGCUUCUGGGAAGAUGCUGCAGGGAGCCAUGUUCUAGGUAAGACUCCUCCCUCCCUUCUGUCUGCUCCUCUUUGACUUGUAAGUCACAAGCAUGGCUGGAUCCUUAUCAUCAGUCCACGGAGAUCUCACAUUUCUGGAGUUUCUGUUUUCCUGCCUGCAUUUAAUAAACACCAACCAAAAUAAUAAA